AUGGUAGGGGGCCCAGUACUACCUGCUAUUUCCGAGCUUCACCGACAUCCGGAUCCAACAUCACAGCCCCAGUUUCGGCCUCUAUACUCGGGGCAACCUGGGCCUGGACCUAUUCACCAAGGCCCCCAGGGUACUUCUGGAUCACCUCCUUCUACUCUCAAACGACAGGCCUCUCAAACCCCACUACCCGACGAAAGCCCAGCAAAAAAGCAAUCCAAAUGGACGCCAGAAGAGGAUAAUUUGACAAUCGAGCUGAGGGGUCAAGGUAUGAAAUGGGACGACAUCGCCAAACGACUGCCUGGAAGGAGUUCCAUCUCCUGCCGUUUACGCUAUCAGAACUACCUGGAAAAGCGAGCCAUUUGGGACGAGGAAAAGAAGAACAAGCUAGCACGACUCUACGCUCGCUUCAAGGACCAAAUGUGGCAGAAGGUGGCUACUGAGAUGGGGAUCCCCUGGCGAUCAGCCGAGUCCAUGCAUUGGCAGCUGGGCGAACAGGAAAUGAGCGCGCGAGCCAACGCCCCAGUCUUUCAGUUGCAUCCUUCUGCGACCGGUACAGGACUCAGCUCUCCAUCGCAGAUACCUGUCGUACCCGCUCCAGCUCCGCACAGUUUUACACCUGCGAACACCACACAGAUAAUGCCAAACCCGCCGCCGAUGCCGCCUCAACAUCGCCAGCCUCCCCCUCAAUCGUUGCCGCAGGGUCCAAUUCAUGGCUAUCAUCAUCGUUCAGACAGUGGAUCAGGUGAUGGUCGAAAGAGGAACAAUUCUUUCAGCCGGAGACGCGCAGACCCCCGGUCGCGCUCCAGUGUGCCACCUCACUUCAAUCAGCCGUUACCUCAAAUACAAGCGCAGUCUGAAGCAGACUUGAUAAGUGGAGCAAGAACUGCCCCUGCGCCAAUCCAAUCCACCGUCAAAAGAGAGGGUAACAUGCCUAGCUACAGUGACUUCUACCAAAAGCGAAGACACGAGGAAGAGGUUACAGGCUCACCAAGAAAAGAAAUGGAUACACGAAGUCAGGGUAUGAGGAGUCCGGAUAGGAUGUCACAGCGCAGUGGUACAGAAAGUGUCAAGAGCAUGAAGCGUGAGCCCGAGGAAGCAGAUCGAUCAUCGGCAAUGCCAUCUCCACCCCAUGCUUCUUAUGAUCGGCCCCCCUCGAGAGUCGUUUAA